AAGGUCGCUUACGUGAUUAUCUUUUUACUUUCACGUUGACUUUGUUCACGCUUAACAUUAGUUUUACGUUUUUCAAUCACAGAGAAUCGAUGAAAUACAGUAUUAAGUAUCAUGUAAUAAGAAGGCGUUCCGCUAUUUGAAUCUUACUGCGGACUGCUGUUAAACGUUUCUGCUCUGAUCGUUGAAUUGACCAUUGACCGUUGACCGCAGCUCAGCCGCCCGACUAUCGCAAUGGAGACAAUUCGAUCGAAAUUCUCGUACAUUUUUGGAGGAAUAUUCGUGAUUGUCAGCAUCAUUAUGGCGGAAUCUUGGAUAUUAUCUCUAGAUUUUCAGACAAGAGGGCGCUUAAUAAGGGCACAGUUUGUCUUUUUUCUUCAGCUGGCCCUGUUGGGUGGUGACUACUUAGUGUGGCAGUCUUUAGCGAAUAUUUUCGAUACCAUCCCUUUUUAUCGGAACAGAUUUACGUCCAAAUUAUGGAGAAUAUUGCUCCUUCUAUACAUGUUAUUAGUUCACUCAAGCUAUGCGUGUAAUGUGUUAUUUGUGAGAACGGAACCCAUUGUGUUUUCCAUUAUAUGCUAUUUGUGCCUAGCAGUGCAUUUUCAGUUUGUAUUCAUUGUUAUUGUCUUAAAAGUAUUCGAGUUAUUUUAUAAAUUCAUAAAAGGUAAAGUGCUCCACAACAAAAUGAUAUACUUUAUAGGAUUCGUACUAACAAUCUUUCUGACUGGAUACGGUUUUAUCAAUGCCCAAAAACCACCUGUGAUAAAAAAUGUGCAAGUACCAAUCAGAAAUUUACCUCAGACACUAGAGGGGUUCACCAUUACAAUGUUGUCUGAUAUCCAUCUUGGACCAACAGUCGGAAAGACCAAGUUAGACCGCAUUGUUACCAUGGUAAACAGUCUAAAUGCAGAUACUGUGGCCAUUGUUGGUGAUUUUGUUGAUGGUCCAGUUGAGAAGUUAAAAGAAUCUGCCCAGAGUCUUACCAAUAUAAAGUCACGAUACGGGAUACAUUAUGUUACAGGCAAUCACGAGUACUACACCAUGGAUGUUAACAACUGGUUAGUGUACCUCCAAUCUCUAGGAAUAAACGUCCUUCACAACAGCAACAGACAAAUUCCCCCGGAGAUGGAUCCAGGGGAGCGGAUGUGUAUAACAGGUGUGGACGAUAUUGAGGCCGACAGGUUAAGAUAUGAUAACCAUGGCUUCAAUCUGGACAAAGCAUUAAAGGGAUGCAAUCCAUCGCAACCAAUCAUCCUGUUAGCACAUCAGCCCAAAGCUGCCAAAAUGGCACUGCAGUCUGAUAACCAUAUAGACUUAAUACUCUCAGAUUUAACCCUGUCUUCAACCUCAAAGAGUCAUACCAACUGAAUGUCAGGUUGUCACUCUGAAUGAAAUGCCACAGUUCUUGGAUCAGGUGUCCCUGUGUCCUUCACAUCAGAAUCCUUCCAUCACAUACCUGGAUUUGCCAACAGACUGUCACUAGCGGACUAUACCUGGGAACUUCCAACUAAAUAUUGGGAUGGCAAUACCCUUUUUAAAGAUGAAAAGAAAUUACAAUUAAGAAUUGUUGGUUUAUGUUUUAAAGCAAAAUAUAAGUUUCAUGGUAGCAAGGGACAGUUUCGCACUUAAGUACAGCUCAAAUUUAUUUAAAGAUAGAGAUGUCCUGUAUUUGAAGUGACAUUUGGUAGGGGAUUUCGUACGUACAUGUGUUAGAAAUGAAUGGAAUAAUUUAUUAUACAUUGAAAGUGUAGCAGAGUGCAUAAUGAAAAAAAAAGAUAUACAUGAUGUAGGUGUCAGCAUUAUGCCUAGCAUAUACAUUGGGGGGAUACUGAAGAAAUUCAGGUUAAAACCUACAGGAUCCAGCGAAAAUACUGCAACUCUGAGGGAAAGUAUGUGACCCCAGAUAUAAAAGUAGAAUUGAACUGGUUCUUCAUGGUACACAGUGUCUAAAUCCCCUUGCAUGGUACUCUGAUGGCGUGUGGAUUUAGUCGAAAUUAGAGAAAAUCUAGGCAAGAUCAUAACUCAUAGCAUACCAGUACCAGCAUGUAUGGAUCACAUGUAAUUCAUGGUCAUAAGCUACUCAGUGUAUAUAAAAUACAUGCAUUUGGAUAAAAGAGAAAUCUAUAUGAUUUUUCAUUAGCCUGUCAUAAUCAGACUUUGGUGUUACGUACCCCCCCCCCAUUUCGGCCCAAACACACAUUUCGUUUAUAUUUCUGUUCAAUAUGAAGAAAAUAAUUCAAAUUAUGAUAAUAAAUUCUAUCAUUACAAUGACUUAAUAUGUGUUUUCCUAACAGAUUGUGUUUUCUUUUCAUAGAAAGAUAAUUUUUAAUAAACAUGGAAAAAUCCUGGAAAAUAGCCCUCUAACCAGCGGCUAUGAAUGCCCAGUCUGAUUAAAACCACACUAUCCCCCUUCUCAUUGUACACUAAAUUCACCCACUUCUUACACUCGCGCGUCAGGUAAGGAGAGAAUUCUGGAAAAAGGGGGGUGUUAAUCAGACGGAUUGAUGCCGGACCAGGACAGAUUAAAUGAUGUCAGCUCUUAAUAAACAAUUGGGUGUUAUUCACUUGGUUUAGAUAUCAUAAGAUAUAAAUAUUUUCUUUCAUGAAACGACAAAUUAUGGCAUCAAAUCGCGUUGAUUAAUCGUGAAUUUUUCAUAACAAAUCUGCAAUUUUUUUUCUAGUCGGCCUAUGUGGCUACAUCAACUUACAUGUACAUGUUUAUACUGAAUGCAUGAUCGUUUGGGUCAUCCUGCAACAGGAAUUCCAGAGCAUCUUCUUCUGACAUCAGGUCGUUUUAAAGAUGUAAAAGACAAGCCUUCCCUGUGACAGUGAAACUAUGUUGUUGUUUUCGUUGAAACGGAAACACGUGUGUUGCCAGUGCACACUUUCACAAAACCCCGCGGGACCCGCGAUCCCGAUCACGGAUAAAUAAAACUAUAGGCCUAUAGGCUAUAUGCGAACUUCUUUUUAGUUUUAUUUGUUUGGCAGGGGGAAAUUAUUACUACUCCGAACAAAUAUAACGUUUAUAUCUGAAAUUGAAGUAUUUCAUUUUUUUUUUUUAAAUUUACUCUGCCGAUGUAACAUUGUCAAUAGGUGUUUUAUGAAGUUACAUGUAGGUUGUGUAACUGUUAUAUACCAAUAUUCGUUUUAUGCUUUUAAAAAAAAGCAGGAAAUACCUGGUUGAUUAUUUCAUACAUAUGUGUAUAUUGCUUUAGUGUAUCAAAAGGUACUGAAUUUACUAAAAGAUGACAAUAGUUUUCACCACUUUAUUGUGCGACGCGCGUCGAUCGCUUUUAGCGACGACGUUUUAUCGCUAAUUUUAAAGAAAACCGCGCAGCAUGUCCCAAUUUCAUUUUAUCGUAAUAUAAAAACUACCGAGAAUUAUAACACGAAUAAGGGCCCAUCAAAAUGGAAAUGUCCUCUACUUUUACAGGCUGUAUUUACUUUUCCCUAUUUCCAUAUAAUAUGUAUACGGUGUGACCGUUGGACCGAGCGAACCAUGUAAUGGUCAUUGGAGUGUCCCAAGUGGUAAUCAUAAUUCCGUUAAAGAGACACUACAGCUCAUUUUCCACAUUUUAAUGAAGUGUUUUUUAAACCAUAUAUUGAUAAAAUGAUAAAAUUCACAUCGAUACUGACAAUUUUGAACAUUUGGGAUGCAUCAAUUUACUCUCAACUGAGCGUUUAAGAUCGUCCGGAAUUCAAAGGUUUCUUCAUGCUGACUCGGACUUUUGAAUGCUUAUUUACACCACGUGGUUUUGAAUGACAGCAAAGGUGUUGUGUAGGAAAUUAUCUAAAUUCCCCUUCAAGGGGGUCCACACUCACCUUUCAAGUACAUAAGAUUAUUCCCUGCUCCUUAUAAUAACUAUUAAAUUAUAAAUAAUUAUUUCAACAGAAACCCUUCCAUGUCCCCAUUGACCGAUGUUUUUACAACUAACACGUGUCGUGUUCAGAUUAAAAAUAGCACGUACUUACUUUUAAACGUAGUGUCUUCGCAGCUAGUCUCAAUGGCAGAUUUAGGGGGCCAGUAUCCCCCUCCCUUUUUACGCCACAGAUUGUGAAUGAAAAUCAAAAUUUUGCACCCGAAUGGCCGAUUACUUUGGCUAAUCUUUGACUUUCACACCCCUCUUCGGAAAUCCUAGAUCCGCCACUGAGUUACAUGCGUUUCUCCGAGCUCUCUGUUUUCCAAUGGUCAUACUGAUCCCUAGGUAAAUUUUAUUUCACGCAUGAGUUUUAUCUCAUUCUAUUUUUACCUCUUUUCUCACAGAAUCUGUCAAAAUGCUAGAUCUAUCAACUACACUUUCUCUCACUGGACGACAUGCUGCACUGUUUACCGUCUAUGCGCAUGCGUCUGAAGACUAAAAGGAGGAGACUCGAUAUUUUUUGUAUAGGCCAUCAAAAAGUAUUAAUUUUUACGUUAAAACAAUAAUUUUUAACUUUAGAUAAGUGUUAUUUUCGUAAAGUUCAUACUUUCAACAAUGCAACAAAAAUUGAGAAAGCGCUGGGAAAAUUGUCAUUUCAUGAUUUUUGCGCAAAAUGAGCUGUAGUGUCUCUUUAAGUAUGGUAGGUUAUGAUUCAUUUAAAAAUAUAUAUUUUUAAUGAAAUUUUCCUUGCGCUAAAAACCCAGUAACAUCUCAAUAUCAAAGGGGUUUAUAUGGGGACAACAGUUUUACAGGAUCCGCCUAUUCAUUGAACGCGGGAAAUAAAACGCAAGGCGACGUAAACUGUGCAUUGUGACGUCACAUUUAGCGUCGACUUUUUUUUCUUUGCCAAAGCAAACAAUUAUAAACAACAAUAAUACAUUCCGUAUGCAAUGAAAAAGGCCGUUAUAAAACUAAAUAAAAUUAACCAAUGAAUUCAAAAUGGUAAAAACGAUACCGUAAUUUUAUCGUAUAUUCUUAUUUAAAGAAACUCAUGAACUCGUUCAUCUAUUUAGUCGUAUUACGGUUUUAUAUGUAAUUAUUUGCUAAAACCUGUUACAUUGAUAAUUAUACUAUUCACUUUAAACUAACUGAGUGUUUAAAUUACGAAUUGCACGUCAGAGUCUUCUAUUAUUGGCAUUCAAAAUAAAACACGAAUAACUGUUGAAGUAGGUAAUGAAAAAAUAAAUGGCGGCGCCCAUAUGGAUCACGAAAAUUUCAGUGAACGUAUAUAGAGAUUGUCUCUUUUUCUUUUGCUGAUUUUGACUUUUUUCUUUUACAUACGUGUUACCUUUAGAGCCUUGCUUCGCGGACGGGCCUUCGGCCCGUCCGAGCUUCGCUCGGUAUAAAUAUAGGUAAAACGCCGAUUGAGAAAUAAAAUCGUAAGAAAACGUACAUGUGCAAAAAAUUGCUAUUUUCUUAUAACUUUGCCAGGCAUUAAAAAUAUUUUUUAUAUCUUCUGAAAGGGGUGGGUGUAAAUGUAGUCCGGGACAUAUGUCCCGCGAUGUCCAAUAUUGAUAUUCGCCGAUUUAACGUUUUAUGUUAGUUUUUCUUUAAAUAUCUUACUAAAUGUGUUUUAAGACAACACCAAGAGUCUUCAUUGUGAAUUUGGUGUAUGAAAAUUCCCUAAUUAUUUAAUAAAUGACUUUUAUUUAUUCUUUUGGGUGUAAAAGUAGUCCAGAAAAUUUUACGAAGAAAACGCAUUUCCGGUUUUUGUUUCUGCCUUGUUCAUAAUUAAAAUAAAGUUUUAAUGUGUUUUAUUUGUCUGUUGAUUUUGCUUGGAUAUUGUUUUAUAUCACAACAAAAAGAUUUAUUAAAUAUUCCACUUGUUAUAUGAAUGCUCGUCCUUCUUUCUAUGGGACAUCGCUUCGAUGGUUGAUCCGAUACGAAAGAGUGUAAAAAUAAAACCGGAACAAGGUGACAGUUUGAACCCGUUUUAUGAAUAGCUAGGCAAGUGUUUUAAAGAGUACGUUUAGUAAGAAAGUUUGAUUAUAAUUGGUAUAUUCAAAAUAUUAUGAGUAAUAAUAGGUCAAUAAAUAAUGAAAAGAUAUGUCUUGUUGAAUAUUCAGCUGUCUUCUCUAUGGAAUAUAUUUACAUGUAUCAUUUUGAAGCGAAUAUGAAUAUAAAUAUUUGAAAUUUUCUCUUCAAUAUUAUUAAAAGUGUGUAAGGUAAAUACUAAAUUCUAGCAUUACUAUUAAUCAAUAUACAUGGUUUUACUAAUUAUUGACAUUAAAUGAGAGCUGCUAUCAAAAUUAAUGAUCAUCUAAAAUAAUUAUUCAAAUGCAGAAGCGCGCACAUGAUUUAACGAUGAGAAGUAAAUUGAUAACCCUGUUUUACUUUGGAAGACAAAGGUUGGCGACCACCAUUUCUCUAAAUCAACCAAAAUCAAUUAUAAUGCAGAUACACACAUAUGAAAAUGGUGAGCAUUGACAUUGAAUGGCCAAAUUCUUUAACGUCAUUGGGUGCCGAAUUUCCCCCCACCAAUAUUGAAAAUUAAAAUGUGUGAACAAUAUGCUUGUUGAUUUUCCAGUUAUAUGUAGCAAGAACUGGACAACGUAAUUAAUUAAAUGAGACAUUCUUUACAUGUCUUAUUAACUUACGGCCAAAAACCCCCAUGCAAUAAUUGUUCAAUUAUUGAUCCUUCCACGAUAUUAUAUAUAAAUUACAUUACAUUUAACUUCUAUGAAAUACAUGUACAUUAGCGUUGUUGCUAGAUUAUUUUGAGUUUGUAACGAAGUGAUAUAUUAUAUUAUAAAUAUUAAUGAUAAAUACCGCCGUAUUACCAGCCCUUACCUGAAUGCGGAUUUAAUGUUUUCAUCUCAGUCCGGUUUUUAAAUUAAUAUCCCAAUUAGCUGCGAUGUCCCGAGGGAAAAAUGGGUUUAAAAACCGUUUAUCAGAUUAAUUUGUUUAAUCAAACAAAAUGACUAGAAAUAAGGGUGUCUUAUGAUUAUCAACAGGACACAAUACGUAAAGGUUAUAAAUGUUUUGUGCAUAAACAAGGCGAAAACAAAAACCGGAAAUGCGUUUUCUUCGUAAAAUUUUCGGGACUACUUUUACACCCAAAAGAAUAAAUAAAAGUCAUUUAUCAAAUAAUUAGGGAAUUUUCGUACAUCAAAUUCACAAUGAAGACACUUGGUGAUUGUCUUAAAACACAUUUAGUAAGAUAUUUAAAAGAAAAACUAACAUAAAACGUUAAAUCGGCGAAUAUCAAUAUCGGACAUCGCGGGACAUAUGUCCCGGGACAUAUGUCCCGGACUACAUUUACACCCACCCUUCUGAAAGCAGGGAAUAUAUGCUUUUCAAAAAUAUAAAAAAUAUUGAAUUCAUAAGGAAAAUAAAAAAAAAUCAUAUCGAGGGGGAAAAUGACCUUGCGAAAAAGCGUUGCGUCAUAGUUAAACGAAGCCAUCCUUCACUUUAAAUGCUUUUUUUAAUUUAAUGGCUUUACUUACUUUAUGGAUUUUUACAUAGUCAAAAAAUAGAGGAAAUUUCCAAAAAUAUGAUAUAUAGAUCAUAUAUCUUAUGAUCGUAGUUUCAAAGAUUUAGAGGCACUCCUUUUGCGUUGCCCUGUUUUUACGCGCCACCGGUCAAAUUGACCGGUACGGUAGAGAAGGGGUUAAGGGAGUUAAUUCCUACAUAUGUAAGAGAGUAAUGCAGUUACCGUACAAAAAAUAAUUACAUCAAGAAAUGCAUAUUUUUAAAAAUUAAAUUUAGCAAUAUAACAAUAUACAUAAUUAUUUUGUUUCGAACAAUAAUAAUAUAAGUGUAUGCAAUAUUGUACUACAAAAUUUGCAAAGACUUAACAAGCUCAUCACACAAUAGAUUGAAGAAUUCCAUUUGUCUCGUGGGAGUAAUGACCUAUUAUAGCCAUGGUGUUUCAAGGAAUUCAGUUGGACAUACAAAAAUCAUUUUUGUUAAUAGCAAAUUGCUUAUAUGUCAAUUAAAUAUUAAUUAAUGAGUAAAAUGUAAGAAGGCUGUAGAAAUGAUUUGUCUCUCCUUUAGUUAUAGGGGAUAUUAAUUAAUGAGUAUAAUGUAAGAAGGCUGUAGAAAUGAUUUGUCUCUCCUUUAGUUAUAGGGGAUAUUAAUUAAUGAGUAUAAUGUAAGAAGGCUGUAGAAAUGAUUUGUCUCUCCUUUAGUCAUGUUGCAUUUCUUUGUACAACCCAAGAUGGUUAAAUGAUUUAUAAUACAUGUAUGUGAAAGAAAUGAAAUGUUUUGAAUUGUAGUUAUUUAAACAAUUCAAGAGAUAUAUUGACAAGUCAAUUUGUUGUACAAUGUACCACUUUGUCCCAUACACAGUCAUCUGUUUAUGAUUAUGAUUGAUGAACACCUGACAGUCGGUGCACUUCAUUUUGAUUGUGAACAUUGAUAAACAAUAAAUAUGGUUGGAAACAGGUUCUGACAACUUGCUUGUACCUCUUCUUCUAUAUAAUAAAUUAUGUAUGUGUUGCACAAGUAAAAAUUAUGUGAACUAGUUGAAUCUAAAAGAUUCAUGUAAAUUUGAGUGCAGUUGCAAAGAUAUUGUGAUUCAGCUUUGAUCACAUUUUAAUUGUCAUAAGUGUGUGUCUAUAAUGUAAAUAGAUGAUUGAAAAGAUUGUUUUGAGCAUAUAUUUAGACAUUGUCUGAAACUCAGUCCGUCACACUUCUUUUACCUCCCAUGGGACACAACACUGAUAUUUUCGCAUAACUCAUUAAAAUGCAUGACCUUAUGGUACCUAUCGAGGAUCAAUGGGAAUCGACGUAAGUAUUCCCGAAACUGUAAGUGUCAGCAGUAAUGGCGGAGCCCAUGAAAUUGUGUGUUUUGUUGUGCCACUAUCAAAGAUCGGGGUUACAGGGCUGUCAUCAAAAACUUCACUUGAACAGUACAUCUAUGCUCUAGAGUGCCUCAACUUUUCCAACAGAUGCAUCAUUUAUGUGCAGCCUUUGUACGAAUAAAUUGAAUUGGGUAUGCAAACUCAACAAGUCAAUGGUCACGAAAGUGGACCAGAUGAAGGAGGAGAGAUAAGUUGUUAGGUAUAUCUAUAUUUUGAAUGAAAAUGAGUUUAAAACAAACUGACAAAGAAAUUGUAAAGCAUCUCGCUGAAAGUUUUGUAACUUGUCAAAAUCUUUGCUUUGAAAGUCAUGUUUUUCUAUGCUCCUGAACACUGGAAAUAGGGGGCUUUUUCAUUGGUUAAAAAUUGCAAUAAGGAAUGGUAAAGCAACCAAUUGCAUAAAGAAGCUGAGACACACCUUCCAGCGUAAAUAUCGGUGUUGUGUCCCUCUGGAGGUAAAAGAAGUGCAACCGACCGUGGGUUUCCGAUGAUGUUAUUUAGAUUUCUUUUUACAUACAACUAAGUAAGGGUAUGCGAUUUCCUGUUUUCUACAAGCACAAGGGGGGAGGGGAUUCAAUUACUAUUCUGUAACAGAUAUUUUGCUAAUUGGUCUAUUCUAACUUAUUUUUAUAGGUCACACUCAUGGUGGGCAGUUCCCUCCGGUGGUAAUUGGGGCCUAUCUUUUCAAUCCAUUUUACGCUGGAUUGUAUCGGUAUGGAGACGACAGUCAUGUUUAUGUUUCCAUGGGAACAGUGUACUGGGGAUUUCCGGUCCGCAUCAUGACAACUCAGGAAAUUACAUUCAUUACUUUACAAGCUGUCUGAACAGGCAUCCUUCAUUUUCAUUAAAAGAAUUAGGUUGCAAAGCAGGAGUGCUACAUACAAGAGCUUCGAACUGGCCAACUAUAAAAGUGCUCUUGCUUCACCGCCAAAGCUACCAAAAUUUAAAUCCAGUUAUAAAUAACUUUACAUACAGAAGGUCUUCUCGCUUUUGAACGCGUGGAAAUUUUUUUUAUUGCGAUGUCAGAAAACCUACAAGCAAUGUUAAAUGCUCCACGCUAUAUCUGUUUUGAACUGAAAAAUGUAAGUGGUGUGUCAAUUUACUAUAAAGCACGUGUAGUAGUACCUUAAAAUGACAUUACAUCUCAACCACAGCUUAGGAAGUACACAUGUAUUCGUCCUCUGAUUUUCAUGUGAUUUUUCAAUUCAUAUUGUUUCAGGUGUGUUUUAAUACUUUGUUUAUAAAUGUUUACAUUGAUUAAUGUUUUAUCUGUAAAAUAAACCUUUGCUGUUUCA